UCGUGGGGAGCACGUGAAUGUAGCAUAGUUGGACGCGACGGAGAGGAGAGGAAAGAAAAGGGCAAGGAAGGGACCUGUAAUAAAUUCAGCCUCGCACUCUUGGCGCCAAUCCGACUUAAAGAGAACAAAAACAGCGAAUUUUUCAUUGACGUUUUAAUCAAAUUUGCGCCUCACCGCUGCUUCUCUCACAGCCAUCGGUCGAUGCUGUAGCCAGCUAGCUUCGUUAGCACACUAUCUAUCAUUGCCAUAUUAAUCUGGCCCCCUUCUCUCUGUCUGUAGUGACGGUACUAAUAACUCAGCAACAGUACAGCACGGGGACAAUAGAGGUGUGUUUCUCCAGGGGGAUCGAUAAGACACAGCGGCAAAAUGGGGAGGAAGUCCAACAGAGCAAAGGAGAAGAAAGCCCGGCGUCUGGAAGAGAGGGCAGCUAUGGAUGCCGUCUGUGCCAAGGUGGACGCAGCCAACAAGCUCGAUGACCCCCUGGCUGCCUUCCCAGCCUUCAAAAAGUACGACAGAAAUGGGCUGAACCUGCAGAUAGAGUGUAAGAGAGUGACAUCCCUCAACCCGCUGUCUGUGGAGUGGGCCUUCGAACUCACCAGAGCCAACAUGCAGACACUGUACGAGCAGAGCGAGUGGGGCUGGAAGGAGAGGGAAAAGCGGGAGGAGAUGAAUGACGAGAGGGCGUGGUACCUACUGGCCCGCGACGGCGACUCCGCCCCUGUGGCCUUCUCUCACUUCCGGUUCGACGUUGAGUGUGGGGAGGAGGUUUUAUAUUGCUAUGAGGUGCAGUUAGAGAGCAGAGUGCGGAGGAAAGGGCUCGGAAAGUUCCUCAUCCAGAUACUACAGCUCAUCGCUAACAGUACGCAGAUGAAGAAAGUGAUGUUGACAGUUUUCAAACACAACCACGGGGCUUACCAGUUCUUCAGAGAAGCUUUACAAUUUGAGAUUGAUGAGACUUCGCCAAGCAUGUCCGGUUGCUGCGGCGACGACUGCUCUUACGAGAUCCUCAGCCGGCGGACCAAACACGGCGAGGCCUCGGCAGGACACACCCACGGGGGCGGGCACUGCGGGGGCUGCUGCCACUGAUCGGCUUCAACUCCACCCUUUUACGAUUGGUUAAAAGCCAGCAACUUUCAUGGCUGUGUGUGAAAGCUUGAGCUGCCUGCUACUGCUGCAGGCGUUUUGAGUUUGACAGGCUGUAGAGCGCCGUUAAAAAUGAACCGAUGGUGGAACACCUGGCUACAGAUGUCUGUGUCGCAUUAUGGAUUGAGAUUUAUGUUUUUUUUUUUUUUGUUUGUUUUUCGGGUUUGUUUAUUGUUUGGUGUUUUCCUGCUAGAAAAGCAGUAUGCAGUGUGAGCUUUCACACAUAGCUCCUUCUUUCUUUCCUACUUCUCGGUUCAAUGUCCAAGCCGUCUUUUCUCAUUCACUUAUCCCAGUUAACGAUGACAAUUAGUAGUUCCCAGUCAAGAAAUGGCAUUGCUGACAUGAACCUCAUCCCACUUUACUCUCAUCUCCUAACGUGUUAUUCUGUAUUCAAUCAUUCUGCAGCGCUUCUUAAACUAUGGCUUGGGACCUGGCCUAAGGCUGUAUUAUAGAAACUUUCUACCUCAAAUCCAGAUUUCAGUACAUUUUUCUAAAUAAAUCAUGCCCUCACGCCAAUUAGUAUGCAUACUAAGUAGAUAAGAAGAGUUGGUCAGUUUCUGUUAUACAGCCCCUGAUUGCUUUGGGACCCCACACUGAGAUUAUUGAACCAGGGUCCCAGGAUUAGGUGGAAUUUACUCACAUUUGGGUCCCAGAAAAAAGUCAGAGGAGCCCUGCUGUACUGUAACACCACCUGUUAGAUUGCAAGUUAUAUGCACGUAUGGCUUGAACCGUGUCGGACCAUUAUACUACCAUUACAAGAUUACAGAACACUGUUAGCACCGCCCAUAUUUUCUAUUCAGGUGGUGCCUAAAUCUAUAGGCGUCUCCCCCUGCUUUUAUUUUUUUUAUAACUUAUCCGACAUGAUGUCUAAGAUUGCCCUUAUCUUUAUUAUGCUGUGAGUAAAACAUAUUUCAUUACUCAUCAUCUGUUCGUCAUGUCAAUCUGUCAAGCCGCACCCAACCGGAAAAUAAUCCCACAGUGACCCUCUUGCUCGUUUGGAUGUUCAACUUGCUUUAACCCCCAGUUAUAUUUCCGUAUCAGAGAUACAGGUCAUGACCUAAAACUUUAAAGACACGAUGAAAUCAUUUGCUCUCAUUUUGUUUCCAUGCUCACAGAUUCACCUACGCAUCAUGUGCUUCACUUCAGUCAAACUCCUUUCCUUUCUCCUUUCCGUUCUGCCUCCCCCCCGUGUCCUAAAGGCGCCAAGUGAUGACUGCAGACGGGUUCGUGUCGCUCUCAUCUUUAGUCACCCUUGUACAAUCGCAUCACACCCGCCUGCCUCUUUGUUCACUUUGUCUCCAAGAGGUACUGAAGAUAAACAAGUUGAUGUUGAUGCUACUGUUAGCUGUAUUUAAAAAAAAAUACUAAAACCAUCCUCCAUCCCUUCUCUUAUGUAUUUUGUUAGCAUGAGCAAAUCAUAUUGAUUCAGUGUGGAUGAGGAUUGGUAGAAGCCACUGUUUCAUGACGUGGCCGUCAGAAGCUGAUGAACGGAGGAGGGAACGUGGGAUGGAUGGAUGGGUGGAUGGAUGGAUGAUGAAAGUAACUGCAGAGAACUGAAAGUGUUUUUCAUGGUCGUUUUUCUUCUAGUCAGUCAUCAGCUGUUUUUCCCAGCCCACUGUCAUUAAUUUGUAUGACAGAAUUUAGAGAUGUUAAACAAAACUUGUAGUCUAAAUCAUGAGUCAUCGGCAGUGAUGCUGCCUCUGAACACGUAUCUAAAAGCCUCAUGUGGGUCUGGUAGCAUCACUUUAAUAUUUCAAACAAAUCUCCCGUGAGCAUCAGUGCAUGUUAGAAGUAUGUUAUAGGGGGAGUUGGGUGAAAUUUAAAGUUAAUGCUGCUGUUUGGUAUUCCUUAAAGCAUCUUGGCACAAAGUCAGUACUGUAAGAUUCACUUAACUGAUCCAGAAUAAUCCCUUUGCCAAGAUUCCUGUAGGAUUUCCACUUAGGAUUUCAGAUACCACGUUACCGGUCAAUCUAGAAAGGCUUCGAUCUUGUUGAUUCCAUAUCUGUUUACAAAACCUUCAGGGUGUUUUUGGACAGUUUCGAGUGCUGGUCAGCUGAGUUAGAAGCCCUAUCUAGAAACCACCAUAAAACCCUUUAAUUCCAGGACCGUAGUCAGUUUGUACAGAUUUUGCGUUUGGGCUGGAGGUGUUAGGAGACGUUACUUUACGCUGCUGUGGAUUUUAAGAUUCCUCGAUGUAGUGUGGCUGCGAAGGGCUUCAAUUGGUAUGUUUUGAAAUGUUUUUUUUUAAACAAGGCUCAACUUGAGAUUUCAUACAGAUUAAUGCCUGGUCAAAGUAUGUGAAGCAGGGGAGACUGGAAUGUGAAGUUGACAGACACUUUCUUACACCUAGAUACUGAAAUAUUCUCAAGAAUGUUAUGUAUCACCAAAAAAAACAAACUUUUUGAAUGAUCAAGUCCAGAUCCUGGGGUGGAAGUUUCUGGUUGUUUCCAGACUGGAUAGAGGCAAAAAAAACAUAUUCAGCACCUGGAGAUGACAUAUUGGUGUCUUGGCUUGUUUGAUCAUGAACAACAAAAACAAUUAAACAACAUAUUGCUUGUUUUAGUUCUAGACUACCUUCUGAUAAGUACAGUAAGUCAUUUUUUGUACUGCAUAGGUUACAAUUUUAAAAAAAGGAUGUUGUACAUAGUGGUAGUAUAUCAACCGACUGACAGUCUCUCUCUCAGGUUAAUCAAACGUAAUCAAACCUCAUCUGUUAUAUUUAACAGCCAUGUUGUCAGAUAGCUGUUCGCUGGAUUUGAUCAGUCGCGGCUCUGACCUAGAGUCAGUUUUUUAUGUGUGUGUCAUGCCAUAGUAUUUCAAGAAACAGAUCUGAAGAACGCGAUAACACUUAACAGGAGGUGAUUAUAGCUUUUAUGAUGGGCUACAGUAAAUGAAAAGCUCCUAAGCCUUGGGAAUGUGAAAUUGCAUUCAAGUGAAUAUGACACAGAGUUCGAACUGACCCUAGAUUAGCGCUCGGUUGUUACAUUAAAUCCAGGUAGGUGGGCUGUCUUUAAGGCUCACUGAAGGUAAAAAUGCUUUUGUGAAAAUAUCUUUGAAAAUGAGCCUAAACUUAACCAGUUUAUUUUAAGUCAGUGAGUACUUUUAUUUUAGAAAAUGGUUCUAUACCCUCACACAAUCACAGAUCCUUCUGGUCUUUUCUCUGUGUACAUAUAUAUAUAUAAAUAUAAGCUGUUGUGGAUCCAUCUUCAUUUUCAUUUCUUGGCCUUUUACACGUUAAAAAACGCUUUUUAAACAUGUUAAAAGUAAAACUCCAUGUUUGAGAGUGAGUGUUACAGUCCUGUCUAUAAACGACAAUGAAAGGGAAAACUAAGUCGUUCUGCCUUGUCAGUGUUUUAUUUGUAUGUUACAAAUAAAGGAAAGUUGUUUGACUU